AUGGCGACCCAGGACGAGAAGGUGGCUCUCGAGAAGCAGCCUACCAUCUCCAAAGGUGCCGAUGACAAUGUUUCCAUCUCCCGCAUCAAGUCCAUCACGCAGGGAGAGAUCAUCGCGCUCGAUGCCUCCGAGGUCUUCCUCCGCGAACACAAUUAUUCCGACGACUAUCUCGCCGAGCUCCUAGCCGACGAGGACAGGAACAGACGUCUCGUCCGCAAGAUCGACUUCAUCGUCCUGCCCCUCCUCGCCGGCACGUAUGUUCUGCAGUAUAUCGACAAGCAGGCCAUGUCAUAUGCCGCCGUGUUCGACCUCUUCAGCAGCACCGGCAUCAACCAAGAACAGUAUGCGUGGUUCACCUCCAUGUUCUAUCUCGCCUACCUGGUCGCCGAGUACCCUUGGAUGUGGGCAGCGCAAAAGACACGCAUGGCCAAGAUUGUGUCCGCGUGCGUGUUAGGCUGGGGAGGGAUAUUGAUGAUCACAGCGGCCUGCCACAACUUUGCCGGCUUCGGGACGUGCCGCUUUCUGUUGGGCAUCUUUGAGGCUCCCAUCACGACCUGCUUCAUGAUGAUAGUCUCUAUGUGGUACACUCGCCCAGAACAGCCGUUCCGUGCCGGCGUCUUCUAUUGCUGCAAUGGAGUUGGCUCAAUGAUCGGCGGCAUCUUGACCUACGGAAUUGGACAGAUCCAGGGCUUCCCAGUGUGGAAAGCCAUCUUCCUCCUCUGCGGCGGCGUAACAGUCAUCUGGGGCAUCGUUCUGAUGUUCUUCUUGCCCGACUCAAUCCUAACAGCGAAGAGAUUUACCCUCGAAGAAAAGGCUCUGCUCAUCGCCCGCGGCCGACUUGCCAAGACGGGAAUUCUCAACAAGACGGUGAAAUGGACCCAAGUCGGCGAGGCCUUCAUGGACCCACAGGUCUGGCUGCUGUUCCUCUUUGUGCUCUUCAACGAGGUCAUCAACGGGGGCUACGCGAGUUUCGGAAAACUCAUCGUCAAGGGCCUCGUCACGGAUCCACUCAGGACAACUGCCCUCGGCAUUCCGCAGGGCGCAUUCCAGGUCGUCUGGAUCCUCUCCGGCACGUGGAUCGCCUCGCACUACAAGAACCAGCGGACCACGGUGAUGGCGCUAUACAACAUACCCACCAUCAUCGGCGUCAGCCUGAUCUGGAGGAUGGACCGCUCAGACUACGCCAAUAAGAUCGGUGUCUUGAUCGGGUAUUACAUCUCCGGCUCUUACGUCGCCUCGCUCGUCCUGGCGCUGCAGAUGCCCUCUGCCAACCUGGGAGGAUACACAAAGCGAACAUCGUCGUCAGCGCUGGUCUUCUUGGCGUACUGUGCUGGGAAUAUCAUCGGCCCACAUGCAUUCUUGCAACAGGAAUCGCCCUACUACAGAACAGGCUGCAUCGUGAUCCUCGCCUGUGCUGUGGCGCAGGUGUGCGUUGCUCUUGGUUUGAGAAUGAUGCUGCAGAUGAGGAAUAAGAGGAGAGAUGAUGCCGCUGCGGCGACGCAAGCACAGGGAGGCGAUGCCUUUGAUGGUGCUGAUGCAACGGAUUUCGAGAAUCCCGAGUUCCGCUACUUGCUAUGA